GUAUAAGAUAAGGAUACCACUGCCUUACCCAGUGAGCGCAUACAUGCGUCUGUCUAUCUUGUGUAUACCACAGCACGCCUGCGACUUAUUUAUACCAGUGAUUAUGACCAAUAAUCCUUGGGAGCUGUGUGUACCAUACUGAUUAUAACCUGUUUGUUCAGGGCUGCGAGCAUCCACAGCUUGACUGGCAGGUCUAAUCAGUGUUUAGUAAAAUGACUCUUGCAAUAUGUGUUAUAGUAUCUUCAAGUUAUAGAGAAAUAUUACACAGAUAAAUACAAGACGACGAGAAAGACGAUAAAGAACUUAUAACAGUUUAAUAACACGUGAAAUAAUUAUUUAUAUAUUAUAAAAAAAAUAACGUGAGCUGAUUAUUAUUCACGUUUUGGCACAAAUCACAACACAUCUACUGGGAUCACAGAGAAAGUGUGUGCACCAUGAACACCAUGAUGCACGUGCACAUGGUGGUGUGGGUCGCUGCUCUUCUCGUUAUCCAUGUCUCAUCUUCCAAGCAGGUACCAGGUGGGCGGCGGCAGUGUGAGGAACAGAUGAGGACACUGAGGGAGACUCAGGAACUGCUACAUGGAGAAAUCGCUACGAUGAAAAAUUCACUGAACAAACUGACUUCCUUCGUAGCCAGCACCAUCCCUGAAGACUGCAGCGUAGCACGCGCCAGGGGAUCUUGGACUACUGUCACACAGGUACGUCCGCCAGGACUGGAACCGCGAGAGGUGCGAUGUGACCAGCAGAGUGCAGGAGGCGGGUGGACCGUCAUACUGGCUCGAUAUCCAGCUCACGAAGACCAUCAUCAUAGACAUGAUUUUAACCGUUCCUGGAACCAGUACAAACAAGGCUUUGGUGACAUUAAUGGCGAGUUUUGGAUAGGUAACGAUGUGCUGCACUCGCUGACCCGGGAUGUGCCCAACCAGCUGAGAGUCACACUGGCUGACUGGAGCGGUGACAGCGCAGUCUCCACCUGGGACUACUUCAGGAUAGGUAGUGAGAGCGAUCAGUACAGACUCAGUGUGGGAAAGUACCAUAAGAAUAGCACGGGAGGUGAUGCUCUCUCCCACCACAACAACCACGCCUUCUCUACCUACGACCACGAUCAUGACAUCGAUGACUUAGGUAAGUGCUUCUAAUAUUGUCCUCUAGCCUUUCAUCCUACGACCA